AUGGAUCCGAAUCGUGAUGUUUUGAACAGCCCGAAAUGGUUUUAUCAAGGAGAAGAUCAUCGCGUUUAUGGGCCAUAUUCAUCAAUGGAAAUGCAAAAAUGGUGCAAAACGGGUUAUUUCACGGAUACUAUGCUUAUUCGUACAAAAAAUGAAGAACGCUUCCAUACGCUUGCCGAAUGGACACGUUAUAGUAAUGGACAGAGUCCUUUUUUGCUUCUGGUGAGUUCAUUCGAUCAUUUGAUCAACAUGAAUAUGCAAGUGCAAAUGUCCCAGUUGAUUCUGACUCCCGGUCGUGUUCCUGUAUCCAGUGGUCCUUACCUUAUGGUACCCCAAGCUGCAGCUGCAGCAACACCUAGCCCUGUUCCUGGUUUUCCGCCAGGACAUGGCUUCAUUGCUUAUCAUCAGAAUCCAAUGGUAGUUGCACCUCCAGUACAUACCUUUAUUCCGCAUCAAGCUUUCUCACAACCUCCCAGUGAACCUGUCGAUGAAGUACCAUCGAGUGCAAGCAAUACACCAGAUGGUAGCGAUACAGGAUGGAAUAUAAAUACAAUGCAGAAUACGGCUUUGUUGCCACUUCAAGAAAAAUCUACGGAUACAUAUGAUGCAUCGUGGAAUAUAGUACGUGAUAUUGGUACUGGACCGGAUCAUUCAGAAUGUUGUGAUGCUUUCACCCAAACAAAUCCAGGAAGAAUUUCCGUAGAGCAAGCUGCACGACUUCUUACCGAGCUAACCGGAAUCCAGUUGGAGAUUGAAAGUUGA